AUGACGCUCGAUAAGCUUAGAGUGAUGGAGGCAAGGGGCGAUGUCAUCAGCUGGGAAUACAGGCCGCCCAAAGGAAACAUCUGGACUCUCCAAGAUAUCCGCGACCGCGAUUGCUUUGGCAGGGUCUUCGUGUGCGGGAACUCUGAGGAGUCGUACAAGCUCAUGACGAGCGUCGUCGAGAAGGUUAAAGUCAUCAUGCGGAGACGUCGAUGGUACAUUGACGAGUUGCACGAACUCGAUCCUGGAAGCAAGUACUUGGGUCUGAACGUGGGACAUACCUUGGAGAUCCACUUGAAGCUCCGGACAUGGAGAGGCCUCAUCUCCCACAACGACCUCGUGCUCACGAUGCUGCAUGAGCUGGCCCAUAUCAUUAACUCCUCCCACAACGACGCCUUCUACGACCUUUUCUACAGAUUGAAAGCAGAGUAUGAAACUCACUAUGGCGUCAAACUAUCCACCAAGACUCGUACCACACAAUGCGCCAACGGCGUUGGGCCUGAGGAACAGAGGAGGAAGCGUGUCAAUGCCGCCGAUUUCGACAAGGACUCGGGUGUCGACAUGAGCAACGCUGAAAAGCUGUUGUGGCCACUCCUGGUGCCAGCGUCUGGUGGUCUGCAUAUUGAGCACGUGUCUCGUGCCCUGAUCGAAACCCACAACAGCCAUCGUCGCCGAGUAUGCUUGAUGUCUUCCAAUUUCGUCGAUGAUGCGAAUCCCCCGGUGGCUCCCUUCACCACCGUCUGCCCCUCUCCCAUGGCCGCUUUGAUCAAAGUCCGCCCUUCGGACACAGUUUCCUACAUCCCCUUCUCAACCCUCCCCUAUGCAUCACUCUCAUCCGUCCCCCAAGAGAUCCUCGACCUAAUCACCCUCCGCACCGUCGAGACAACUGACCCGACGUUCAUCUCCUUCCUCGGUCUUUACCACCUACGCAUCUCCAAGCUCGAAUCUUUGACACUUUGCCUCAAGGAACACCCUGCCUUGAGAGUCCGCGAGUUCAUUAAUUCGAGCGACCUCACCGUACCGGCUACGAUGGUCAUGGGUCAAGAGUUUGUGGAUGUAUCAAGGUGCGUCUCCCCGGUGAUCAACGUCCAGCAGGAUAACCGAUUUAUAAGUCUGGACUUGGGUCGUUUCCGAUACAAGGACGGUUUGGACGGCUUUGCAGAUCUUGUCUCGGCAUUUCCGACCACCCACCUAGAAAAACUCCAGCUCUCGUUCCUCAACUCGAUCCCACAUGACAAGUGCAUCAACGACGGUAGCAAUAAGGACCUGAAUCUCGAAGAUGUGGCUCGUUUCAAUCAGUUCUUUCGAGAACCUUUCCGCGCCUUGAAGGAGAUUGCCAUCACUUGUGGAAGCCAGAACAGCAUGGACCAUACCCGACUGGCCUUCCUGACCCGGUGUCCCAAUGUGAAAACGCUUUGUCUCCAUCGUCUGGACAUCAAAGCGGUAGAGAUGUUACCUGUGUGUCUUGGAGCUGCAUGUCACAAGUUAUCGAGCCUCGAGUGGAGGAAGAGUCUUUACAAUAAUGCUGAUGAGAUCUUGGCCCUGAUCCGAACAGCCAGGUCAGGAUGGAGAGAGUCGCGGUUGCCGGACAUGCCUUUGUUUGGCACCUUUACAUUUUCGGCGCUGAUGAAGAAUGUCGAAACGCUGGAGGUGCUGCAGAUAGAGAGCGCGGAGGAGUUGGAGAUGAACGCCUUUGUGGAUGUGUUGUGCUCCGCCAGGAAUCUAAGACGGCUGGAGGGAAUUGCGAAUGGACAGAGGAAGAGGUUUAGGACGGAGAUUCUGGUGCAUGCGAUGACAGAACUGGAAGAGCUCAUGCUUGACAUGCAAGAUCUGGGUACAAGAACCAUGGAAUACGCAGGCGUGGACCCGUCAAUGAACCUGGCUGCGAUGGAGGAGGCGGCGCUGCUAAAGGACACCCGCAUGUUCAACUACCAGUUCCUGGAAUUUUCGUUGGAGAGCGGGUUGUAUCUGCUGGCUGGGCUGAAAGAACUGCGGAUGUUGGAUUUAAGGUCGACUGUUCAUUAUAUUGGAGUUGCAGAGUUGGAGUGGAUGCAUACGAAUUGGCCCAAGCUGGAGAGGAUCAAGGGUUUGAAGUCAGAUCGGAGGUGGUUUGUUUACCAUGCUGAUGGACCUGCUGCUAAGGCUGCAGUGGAGAAGUGGAUGGCUGCUCACCCACAUGGCAUUGGAUCGUCCUUUUAUUCUUCGCCCUGA